AUGGCUCUUCUCGCGCUAUUAGGAGCGUCCCCGGCAGUGCUGCCUCCGGCGCGAGCGUUUGCUGCUCCACGCCUCGCCGAUCGCAGCUGCUGCGCCGUCAUGAGCGACGGCGAGAAGCCGCCGGCGGUGGUCGAUCCGGACGUGACGGCGGACAACCCCAAGGGCCUGACAGGCCCGCUCAUCACGUACUCGGGCAUCUCGCCCGAGAUGCGCACCCUGGUCGACGAGGCCUUCCAGCGGCGGAAUCGCGAGCGACUCCUCACGGACAAGCCGCCGUAUGCGUCAGUCGAGGCGAUGGUCGACGCGUACGUCGAGCUUGGCAGCGCGCAAGGGUGGACACGGGAGGACGCCGAGUCGGAGGUGGUGCGCUUCCUGCAGCGGCGUGCGCUGGCCGAGGAGGGUGGCUUCUCCGGCGAGCCGCAGGACUACGCGGCGCAGGUGCUCCUCGCGCUUCUCGUUGGGUCGAUUGGCUACUCGACGGCAACGGGCGGCGGCAUCUCAACGUGGGAGAACCCGUUCUUCUGA